UCUGCCCUUAGGUUUAUCUUCAGUCGCUACCCAUUUUCGCAGAAAUCCAUCACCAGCCCGUCUCCUUCUUCGACGUUAGCAGCUGGUCCUCCGACCAGUGAUCCAGCCGCCGGCGACGAACUCGAGAAGUUUUCUUCUCUGGCGCGAGCACCUAUCACGAGCCGCGACGCACAGGUCAGCAGUUGGUCCUUCGACGAACGCACGUCCACUGAUUUCUCUUCCCAGGUGACAUUCGGAAGCAACCCACAACCCGAAUGCCUCAAAUCGGAUUCCCCAUAACCUGUAAAAGUGAGAUUUAGUUCGAACCUGUUCGAACACAUUCCAGCAAAGACUAAAGCCUUGGAUAGUGGGUUCGGACUGCUCGAUUCAAGUUUAAGGUUGACAUUGGGUAACUUCGAUAUGAUUCUCAAUGGAUGCACCACACCCACUGGCUUCUUCUUCUCAAAUUCCAGGUUGUCUAUCCCUAACCGUUCAGCGAUCUCACGUAGUUCUGAUUGCAGUAUGCAUGCUGCUGCUAGCAUUAGAAGUUCAAGGGAACCUCAUUUAGAGCAUCAAACAUGUCGCUAUAGAGGUGUCUUUCCCUUAAAACUAGGUGCUGGAUCUUCCCAUUUCUUAAGCGGGGAUCUAGGUGGCUUGCUACAUACAAUCCCAAGGUUACCAAGGAAAAGAAAUGUUAGCAUGACACCACGGGCAGCCAAAGAUAUCCCUACGAGUUAUCGUUUCCCUCCGAUGACCACUAAACCAAAAUGGUGGUGGAGGACAUUGGCAUGCUUACCCUAUCUAAUGCCCUUUCACGAAACUUGGAUGUACUCUGAAACCGCGUACCACCUACACCCGUUCCUGGAGGACUUCGAAUUCUUGACAUAUCCAUUUCUCGAAGCCCUUGGACAACUACCAACUUGGUUCUUGAUUGCAUAUUUCUUUAUUGCCUAUCUAGGAAUUGUAAGACGUAAGGAAUGGCCACACUUCUUUAGAUUUCACGUAGUCAUGGGCAUGUUGUUGGAGAUUGCCCUGCAAGUGAUUGGUACAGUGAGCCGUUGGAUGCCCCUUGCAGUCUAUUGGGGUAAAGUAGGGAUGCACUUUUGGACAGCCGUAUCGUUUGCUUACCUAUUCACGGUUUUGGAAGCCGUUCGCUGUGCCCUUGCAGGCAUGUAUGCUGAUAUCCCUUUCUUCUGUGAUGCAGCCUACAUCCAAAUUCCAUACGAUUAAGAACUCUUCGGUUUAUAGUCUCGGUGCGAGUAGACUGUGAUAUGGACAUGUACUUUUGUUACUGCCCUUGUAAAGUGCAGUCGGAAAUGAACUUCAAACAUUCUGAACUCUAUUUGCAUUUUGUUGAUGAGCUUGUGGGAGAAGUAAAGAUGGAAAUUUAUCCUUGCCGCCUUUUGAGGGUAAGUCUCUUCACUGCUUUA